AUGGAUCAAUUUUAUACGGCUCAUAAAAAGCGACAAGAAUUUUCUCCUCGUUACCAUCAACCAUAUGGAUUGAACUUAAUGAAGCCUUCGCAACAAUUAAAUAGUCCACCAUAUUCAUCAUUAUCUGCACAUGAGACUAGUUUUCAUAGUUCUAUCAUAAAUAAAGAUCCAAAAACAAUAUCUAAUGCUGAAUUGAAAAAUUUACUUGACCAACAUCCAAAGAAACUUAAAAAAAUGCGUCGUAAAAAUCCGCAACAACAAUUACUCAUUCUUAUAGAUUUCAUUUCGACACUUUGUCGUGUUCCAAAAUCAACAUUAUUAUCUGUUGCACAAAAUAAAUUUUUUACUUUACUUCAAAUGCCAUUUACUGAUUUGCUUCAACGAUGGCGUCAUUCUUCUUCACUAACGGAGAACGAAAUUUAUAUGUUUCGUUCAAUAGUUAAAUUGGUAAAACGAUUCAUCAAAGCUACGGAUGCCAACGAAGUACUACCAUCAUGGUUGUUAGAUUCGAUGUUUCUAAAUAUAAUUGCCGAUUGUCUUACAAAUAUAGCCACAUCAGAAAAAUUUCUCUAUGAUACAAAUAAUCGCCUGUUAAAAUACUUCACACGUUUAAUUGAAACAUAUAUACUUUAUCAAGAAUAUUUCGACGAUGAAAAUCAUUCUGAUCAAGACACAUUUGUACUCUUACUAGAUCCUAUUCUACAAUGUCUCACUUCAUCUCAUUAUAUUAAUGCUUUUACAAAUAUAUCUGAAGAUAAAAAAUCAAUGACAACUAUUGAAAAAUUUAUACUUCUUAAAUGUCCAUCAUUUCUCAUUUCAUACAAUGGGUCUCGUCUGGAACAAACGAUGGAGAAUUUACUUUCAACUAUGCUACCUCAAUAUGUAACAUUAUUAGAUAAGAUAGUUCCUACAGCACACAAUUGGAAACGGGCAAUGAUUCGAUCUGUUCAAUAUUUAUUAAAAACUAUCAAUCAUGGAGCCAAUCAUUAUCAAAUAAAUGCAAAACUUGUUAGUAAACAUUUAUCAUUAAUUGAUCAUGUAUUAAAAUUGCUGGAUGAACCAAUAUUUUAUAAUAAUCUACAAGGAUCAUUAUCGAAUUUAGAAACGAAUUUUAUAAAUACAGCCAUUAGUUUUCUUGUAAACAUGAUCAGUGAACCAGCUAUACUUGCUCAAAUAAAAGAAUCUCAAGUAACACCUGUAUUUCUUCGCUUAACAUCAUGUCAAUAUCAACCAUUAGUACUCAAUAUUUACAAUCUUAUAGCUGAUACGACACGUGAAGAAGACAUCAAACAAAUGCAUAAACCUGGUCAACUACUUGAAAACAUUAUUAAUUCACUAAAAACUACAUUAGAUGAAUCGUCUAAUGAUACAAGUCACCAAGAGCAAUUAUUCGAAACUUUAAAAGGUCUUGUUCAACAUGAUCAAAUGAAAGAUGAAAUUAUAAAACAAAAUGCAAUUCCAUUUCUACUCGAAUGUACUAACAAGUUAACUGAUAAAUCAAAUAUAUUAAUAUUUGAAAUUUUAUGGUCUUUGACAUUUCGUGAAGAAGGUGCACUUGCUCUACGUUCCAAUCGCAAUUUUCUUAAUAAGAUUCAAACUAUUUCUCAGGAUAGUAAUAAUGAACCAUUGAAAAAAGCUGUUGAUGGACUUGUUUGGAAACUUGUACGAGAACCUGAAAAUUUGGAGAGAAUAGCAAAACGACAAGCAGAAGAACAAAAUAAUACAAAUCAAUGGGUGAAAACAAUAACUGAAGAAAUUAUAAAUAGUGCUGGUGAAAAACAACUUGUGACAAGAACAAUACAAUCAGCAAAUACUUCUGAUGAACGAAUAUUUCAAUAUGAUAUGAUGAUUUCGUACUGUCAUGCUGAUAAAGACUUAAUUUAUAAAAUACAUAAAUUUCUUGUUGAUCAAGGUUUUAAAAUAUGGAUUGAUUUGAAUAAUAUGUAUGGACCAGCUAUGAAUGCUAUGGCUGAUGCUGUUGAAAAUUCAGAAUUUAUCAUUUUGUGUAUGUCAGAUUCGUAUAAACGAAGUACAUAUUGUCAAGCUGAAGCUGAAUAUGCAUUCAAUUGUAAACGACGGCUUCUUCCAUUAAUAGUACGAGAAGGAUAUAGACCAGAUGGUUGGUUAGGAUUUAUGAUUGGAUCAAGAAUAUACGUUGAUUUUGGUCGAUUUGAUUUUGAUACAGCGUGUGAAAAGUUAAUUACAGAAAUUAGUCAUCAACGUAAACAACCUCUUCCAUCAAAAUCAGUCCAAGUGAGUCAGCAUGAAAAACCAACGGAAGUAAUUUCUGAUAAACUCAAAACAUCAAUCACUCAUGAUCAUGAUGUAGUUCCUAUGGAUAUAAAUCGAAAACCAGCGUCAAAUUUUAUUAAAAAAUAUGUAAAUGACUGGACAGAUUCUGAUGUAUUAGAUUUUCUUUUUACUGAAAAUUUAACUGAAUUGAUGCCGAUAUGUAAAGCAAUGGAUGGUCCAGCAAUUAUACAACUGUAUGGAAUGUGUAAAUCUCAAAGUAGUCAAACAUUUAUUCUUCUUGAUGAUGAGUUGAAAUCGACAUAUAAAAAGAAACUACAUAUUACAGUUUUUACCCGAUUUUUAAGUGCUAUGGAAAAACGACUUACUACACGUCCUCCAACAUCAUUGCGAAUAGUAGAAGAACCGUUUGAAAUAACAUAUACUACUCCACAUAAAUAUAUUUCAUAUACUCCUAAUACAUCAAUAGUUAAUAAUGGUUCAUCUCAAUAUGACUCUAACUCUGAUCAACAAUAUUCCGACCAAUUAUAUUCUGAUCGACCAUAUGAUCUUACAAUUACUUCUAAUGCUUCAAGUUUGCAGCUAUUAAAAGCAGUAGAACAGUAUGGUCCAAACUUGAAGAAACUGUUAUCUAUUUGA